GGCCUUCUUUUCUCAUCGCCAAAGCGAGUCAGAGCAGAGAAACAAAUUCAAGUUUCCCAAAUUUUCAGACACACACUAGCUCUGUCCUAAAUUCCUUUGCAGAUCAGUUAUCAAUCACUGCAGCAGCUCCGAUAAUUCCAGAAUAGAUUCCUCAUCGUCAUCUUCAUCGUUAUCUGUUGCUGAUCCAACUUUAUUACUGCAAUUUACUGGAUCAAGACAUGGCAGAGAAAAUUGUUAAACACCAAGAAGAAUACACUCUCGAUGGAUCCGUCGAUCGCCGCGGCCGGCCGGCCAUUCGAUCGAAAACGGGAACAUGGGCUGCCGGUGGCUUACUACUAGUGAACCAAGGGCUAGCGACGCUGGCGUUUUUUGGGGUAGGAGUAAACCUCGUGCUGUUUCUUACACGAGUGAUGGGUCAAGACAACGCCAGCGCAGCAAACAACAUCAGUAAAUGGAUGGGCACUGUGUACAUCUUCUCCCUCCUCGGAGCUUUCCUCAGCGACUCUUACUGGGGACGCUACAAGACCUGCGCCGUUUUCCAAGCCAUCUUCGUCGUCGGAUUAGUGUCGCUAUCUCUCACGUCGUACCUGUUUCUGGUAAAGCCCAACGGGUGCGGCGGCGAGGAAGCGCCGUGCGGACCGCACUCCAGAUUACACGUGUCGCUUUUCUACACGUCGAUUUACCUCGUCGCCCUCGGCAACGGCGGGUAUCAGCCGACGAUUGCGACUUUUGGGGCGGAUCAGUUCGACGAGGACCAUGAGACGGAGAGCCAUUCGAAGGUUGCUUUCUUUAGCUACUUCUAUCUGGCGUUGAAUCUUGGGUGUCUGUUUUCGAAUACGAUUUUGGGGUACUUUGAGGAUAAGGGUGUCUGGGCGAUUGGGUUUUGGGCGUCGGCUGGGUCGGCGGCGACGGCGCUGGUUUUGUUCCUGGUUGGGACGCCUAUUUACCGGCAUUUCACGCCGCAGGGGAAUCCCCUGUCCAGAUUCUGCCAGGUGUUUAUUGCUGCCUGUCGGAAGUGGAAGGCCGACGUGCCGUCGAAUGAUGAUGAGCUGUUCGAAGUUCAGGGGAGCGACGGUAAGGAGAUUGGCGCCAGGAAGAUUCUUCACACCCAAGGCUUCAGGUUUUUGGACAGAGCGGCUGUAAUAACAGAUGAGGAUGGUGAGAGUCAGACGGCGGCGGCGGCGGAUGGCGGCGGGCGAAACCUAUGGCGGCUUUGCUCGGUGACGCAAGUGGAAGAAGUGAAAUGCAUUCUGAGACUGCUCCCAAUUUGGCUCUGCACCAUUCUUUACUCCGUCGUCUUCACCCAAAUGCAGUCCCUCUUCGUCGAGCAAGGCGCCGCCAUGGAAACCACCGUCGCCGGCUUCCACAUCCCGCCGGCGAGCAUGUCCAGUUUCGACAUCCUCAGCGUCGCCACAUUCAUCUUCCUCAACCGCCGCCUCAUCGAACCGCUCGUCUCCCGGCUCAGAAAAACCGGCGGUCUAACGGAGCUCCACCGCAUGGGGAUCGGUCUGAUCAUCGCCGUCGCCGCCAUGCUCUCCGCCGGGGCCGUCGAGCACUUCCGCCUGAAGCACGCCGACGCCGGCUGCCCGGAGUGCCCGGAUUCGAGCAGCCUGAGCAUCUUCUGGCAGAUCCCUCAGUAUGUCCUGAUCGGCGCGUCGGAGGUUUUUAUGUACGUCGGGCAGCUGGAGUUCUUCAACAGCCAAGCCCCCGACGGGCUGAAGAGCUUUGGCAGCGCGCUCAGCAUGACGUCAAUAUCGCUGGGAAAUUACGUCAGCAGCCUGAUAGUGACGAUAGUGAUGAAAGUGUCGACCGCCGACGACCUGCCGGGAUGGAUUCCGAGGAAUCUCAACAGAGGUCGUCUCGACAUGUUCUAUUACCUGCUGGCUGUCCUGACGGCGGCGGAUUUUGUCGUAUAUGUGGUCUGCGCCAAGUGGUACAAAUAUACGAGGUUCGAGGAAAGAAGUGUGGCCGGGAAGAACAGCACUGAUUUCAGAGUAUAGAUAUAUAAUAAUAUUAUUAUUAUUAUUUAUUUAUUUGUGUGGAAUAAUAAGGUAAUUAAUGUUGUAAAAAUUCGAGGCUGCGGGGAUACUGAGGAAGUGCUGUAGUUUGUUCACUUCUCUAUGUUGAGCGGUCCGAACUUGAAGGAAUCGGAAAGGAAAAUGAGAUUGAGAAUUUGUGUUCAA